GCGUGCCUGGAAGCCCGCCCGCCGUCCCAGACGCGUGCUCGCCACCAACAAGGAGCACAGGGAGGGCAGGAGCAGCCAUGCACGGCGAGGCCAGACCAGAAACCACGCGCGGUGAGGAUGCCGCCUCCGCCCCCUCGCCUCUUCUUCUCGGCAGGAGGCCUGUCCGCCCCCGAGCAGCCCUUUCCUCCCCUCGACGGCGCCGGGGUCCGCUGUGCCGCGCCGGCUUCUCGCGGCCGCCUUCCGGCGGCAAAAAGGCCCGCCGCGCACCUCCACGGAGUGCCGCCGCGCACGCCGGCUCCGCGCGCUCCGACGGCCAGGCGCCGCCGGAAGGAGGUCGAGGGGCGGAGAGGCGCCCAGAGGCGAGCAGAGGCGGGAGGCGCCCCGAGCUCUGCGCGCCGAGACUCGGACCCCCCGGUGUUUCUUGGCAUGGUUUUCCGCUGUACCAGCGGGGGGGGCCUCGCUGGAGCAACAAAACAAGAAUCUGACAAGAAUCUGACAGCCAACAGCCGGCUCCAACGUGCGCCUGCUGGGCUGGCCCGCGCGUCCGACGGCGCCGCGGCACGCGCUGCCUCGGCCGCGCUCAAGAGCGGCCGGGUCUCGGCAGAGCAUGCGGGCGCAUCUCGGCAGAUAGGCAGGGGGCUCGGCGCAUGGGAGGAGGAAGACGUUGAGGAGGAGGAGGAGGAGCAGGAGGGGGAGGCGGCGAGGGAAGCGCGGCCGUUCCCGGCGAGGGCUCGAGGCCGCUCAGAGCCGGUCCAAAGUGCGGCGCGCCCGGGCUUCAAACAGGCGCGCGGGCCGCCGCCCCGCAUAGCGCACCUUGGCGCGGGGGCUCGGCGGCCGGGCGCGAGCGCCGCGGCGGCGCGGCCGAGGCUGUGCCGGGGCCCGCCCCCUCCCGGGCGAGCGCUCCGGCGGGCGCGGCCCCGCGGCCGAAGGGGGCCGCGGCCGAGGAGAGCCGCGGCGGCCUCCGGCCGAGGCCGCGCUGUCCACGGGGCCGCCCCUCGUCGCGAGGGCCGCGCGCGGGCAGUCGCCGGGCCUCAUGGCGCGCCUCCGAGAGGAGGGGCCCUCUGGGGCGGGCCUCCCGGCGGCGCCCAGAGGCCUCCGUGGGUCGGGCCGCUCUCACGUCUUGUGCGUAGCCGCUCGCGGCGCUCCGCGCCCCCCGCUCUUGAGCAAAGGGGGCGGGCCGUCGCCUCGCCGCCCCUGCGGCCCGCCGGUCUCCGGGGAGGGGCAGGCGGCGGCUUCGGCUCCGCCCUCAGAGCGCGCUCGAAGUCCGCGCGCCACGCGCGCCCGAGGCCCAUCGCCUGUGGGCGGCGCCGCGCAGGUCCAAAACCGAGGCGCUGAAAAACCUGCCGCCCGGCGGGUCGGUGUGGCUGGCCUGCAGGCGCUCCUCCGCGCGGGGCGGGGGCUAUGGACCUGGUGCCCCAGCGGGCGGUGGGUGUGUAUCCAUUCAAAAAAAUUCGAAAGACACCUUAGUG